AAUGUUUAAAUGUUUAUAUAUUAGCUUUAACAUAUUUCAAAGCAUUAUCUGUUCGUCAUUUGAGUGGAUAGGUUUUAGACGUUUGUGUUUAAAGAUUUAUAAUAGUACUUUUCUAUCAUACACAAUGAACGGAAAUGCAGUAAUAGAAAAUAACAUAAGGGCAUCUACGUUGCGCAAAGGAUCAUACAUAGCUCCUCUUGAUGAAGAAUCUAUCACGCUAAUAUUUUCACCAGGAAAUGACAGCGUUGGAACUCUAGCCAAGGCAUUAAAACUCUUCAAGGAAUACAAUGUUAACUUGUUGCACAUCGAAUCCCGGUCGUCGGACAGGAUACCGGACCAGUAUGAGUUUUUCGUCGAAUGUGCGCCCGGCGGUAACGUGCCAAAGGUGGUGGAAAUAUUGAAGGACACGAUGACGUACUGUUCGGUGGUAUCUAGGAACAACCUCAACGACAGCAAAGUGAAAGACAAAUAUGUACCGUGGUUUCCGUUGCGAAUUCGAGAUCUGGACAAGUACGCCAAUCAGAUUCUAUCACAUGGAGCCGAACUGAAUGCCGAUCAUCCUGGAUUUACAGAUCCUGUGUACAGGAUGAGAAGGAAGUAUUUGGCAGACACCGCAUUGAAUUAUAGACAUGGAGAUCCGUUACCUCAUAUAGAAUACACCCAACAAGAAGUAGAAACAUGGGGCACGGUGUUCAGGGAACUAACUAAAUUGUAUCCGACACAUGCGUGCAGUGAAUAUAAUCACUUAUUUCCUCUUUUCGUUGAAAAUUGUGGUUAUAGAGAGGACUGCAUACCACAAUUCGAAGAUAUUUCCAAUUUUCUUAAGGAUAGUACCGGAUUCACUUUGAGGCCUGUUGGUGGGCUUCUUUCUUCAAGAGAUUUCUUAGCCGGACUAGCUUUCAGGGUAUUUCAUUCCACACAGUACAUCAGACAUCACAGUCGGCCACUGUACACCCCUGAACCGGACAUUUGCCAUGAACUGUUGGGCCACGUACCUUUGUUUGCUAAUCCAGCUUUUGCACAAUUCUCUCAAGAAAUUGGACUAGCGUCGCUUGGCGCCCCAGACGAUUACGUUAAAAAAUUGGCCACGUGUUAUUGGUUCACUGUCGAGUUCGGAUUGUGCCGUCAGAACGGCGAGCUAAAAGCGUACGGCGCCGGACUACUGUCGUCGAUCGGCGAACUCCGAUACUCGCUAUCGGGCAAACCCGAGUUGAAGCCGUUCGAUCCCGAAGUGACCGGCGAGCAAGACUACCCAAUCACCGAAUACCAGCCCACGUAUUUCGUGGCCGAGAGCUUCGACGACGUCAAAGACAAACUCAUAAAAUUUGCCAAGACGAUACCGAAACAAUUCGGAAUCCGGUACAACCCGUACACGCAGAGCGUACAGGUGCUGGACUCGAAACUGCAACUGCAGGAGUUGGCCAACAACAUCAGCAACGAGUUGCAGAUAUUGCGUUACACGCUCAACAAGAUGGAUUGAACACACUCAACUGCAUCUCCAUCACCCGUGUAUAUAUUAUAAUAAUAGUUUAGCGUCCCAUUAUUAUUAUUGUUGUUGUUGAUGUUAUUAUGUCGACGUUGCUGUUUUUUUGUCGUACUUACAGCGUAUAAUUAUAUUGUCAGAUCUUUAUUAUCUCUAUCGCGUUGUACGUUGUCCGUUUACACUAACGCGCGGCAACAGGUAUCCGUCGGAAAAGCCUCAUUUCCACAGCUCCGGCGGCGGCGUCGGUAAACCUACCGCGCGUUACGCAAUCGCCCAACGCGCGAGUUACAACAGUUAAUUGGGUCCAAUUUCCACCUGUUAUAAUAUUGCGCAACUCAAAACAACCCUUGACUAAUUUUGUUUAAUGAAACCGAACGAGCGCAAUGUUUUCACGACAAAAAACAUUCCUUCACGCUACAAAAACCUAGUUUUAGCGAAAUACGCGCACACACACACAUUGUACACACAACGUCUGUACGUUACUGUGUUUAGUUUUGUUAUUGUGCCUAUUCGUAUAAUAUGAUGGAAUAACAAUUUAUAUCAAGACAGCGCGUAUAAUAACGUGUUAUAUUUUUAUUUACAUUACAAAAUAUUGUAUAACAUAUAUUAUAAUAAUAUUAUUAUUCUUUUGUGAUGCAAA